UGUUCUUUAAUGGCUUCCCCUUGUAAGAGCCAGAGCCAGAGCCAGAGCAGUAGCUGUUCCUCUAGCGUUGUUGAAGAUAACCAAAAUGGCCUAAGGAGAGGCCCAUGGACUGUUGAUGAAGAUUCUCUUCUUGUUCAUUCCAUUUCUGUUCAUGGCGAAGGCCGCUGGAAUUUGCUUGCCAUUCGUUCAGGGCUUCGACGAACCGGGAAGAGUUGUAGAUUGAGAUGGCUUAAUUAUUUGAAACCCGAUGUGAUAAGAGGAAACCUCUCUCCUCAAGAACAGCUUUUGAUUCUCGAUCUUCAUUCCAGAUGGGGCAAUAGGUGGUCGAAGAUUGCGCAACACUUGCCUGGGAGAACCGACAAUGAGAUAAAGAAUUACUGGAGAACUCGAGUGCAAAAGCAAGCAAAGCUUCUAAAUAUUGACACAAACAGCUCAGAAUUCAAGGAAAUUAUCAACCGUUUUUGGAUCCCUCGAUUGGUCCAACAAAUAAAUGAAUCUUCUAACUCCCCUUCUUCUUCUUUUUCUUCUCCCCCGCCGCCGAACAUGCCACCCGCACGCCCUGCUUCUCAACUUUCUGAUACGGAUACGCUGCCGGCAGCCGAUGGCAAACGCCGCCAUUUCGACACGGAGCAGAACAGCACCAGUUCGGAGUCUAUGGAUAUCUCGCAGGUCUCCGAUCCAUUCUCCGACGUCCCAUCUUGGAACCACGGCAGCGAGAUGACGGCGGUGGAUUUUCAAUACCCAAUUGGCGAUUCCCGGUCGCCGUUAACGGGUUGGGUUGACGACGACGAUUCCUUCGGCGGCUGUUUGUGGAACUUUGACGGAUUGUGGCAAUUCUAAUUGGAACAUUUAAAACAGCUUAUUGGGUUCUUGUUCUUUUUUUGGAAGAUGGACCCCACAAAGCCGCAAAAUGAAAUUGUGUGCGAUUUUCGUUUUCUAAUUUUUUACAUUUAUUUCUGUGAAAAAAAAAAUAACGAAAAUUUAGUUUAA